GCGGUGCCAGGCGGGCGGGGAGGGCCCGGCCGGCGCUAUAAGAGGGACCGUGAGGCCGGACGCCCCCCACCACCUCGUGCCGACCCCACCACCAGCAGGUCCAAGACAAAGCCACCUUCUCACCCGCGACGCCCACGGCACCCGAGCCACGUGUGGCACCUGUGUUCCCCGCCCGCCGUCCUCUUCACCACCUGCGUCCUCCCCCGGGAAGGUCACCCGGAUACCCGUCACCACCCCCGCGGACGUCGCCGAGGGCUCCCGUCCCCUCCACCUGUCUCGCCUGUGACCUCGCCGGCGCCUUGCGACCUCACGCGAGUAGCUGUCGUCUCCACCACCCGUGACAUCGCCGGGUCCCCCCGCUCCGCCCCGUCACCUCCGUCCCCUGUGCCCUGGAGCCCCCCGCAGCCAGGACCGUCAGAGGAAGCAGACCCCCCGCCAGGGCCCAACCUGUUGCACGAUGCCCUUAAACCCCGAGAGGAAUGGCCAGCGCGUGCUGUUUGCGGAGUGGCUGGUCAGCGCGGUGGGCAGCGGCCUCUACCAGGGGCUGUGCUGGGUGGACGCCGCCCACACUCGCUUCCGGGUUCCCUGGAAACACUUUUCCCGGAAGGACAUCUCCCAGCAGGAUUCCCAAAUCUUCCAGGCUUGGGCCGUCGCCCGGGGCCGCUGCCAGGGGGCUACGAAGGCCAUGGACUGGACCAAGCUGAAAACCAACUUCCGCUGUGCCCUGGUCAGCACCCGGCAGUUCAUGCUGUGGGAAGACAACUCCCACCACCCGCUGGACCCCCACAAGGUGUUCGCCCUCCGCCACCCCCAGCCGGGGGCUCCUGACCUGCACGUGAAUGAGGACGAGGAGGAGGAGCAGGAGGAGGAAGAAGGGUCUGGGAUCAAUCCCGAAAGCAUCCCGGACUGUGCCCCUUCAAUCCAGCUGGAAGAUAUUCUUCAGAUCCUGUCGCUGGACGAGCAGAGCUGUGGCGCGGCGGCCAACCCCGAGGGCUUCCACGUGAGCAGCGACUACGCGCCCGGCUACGGGGCCCAAGUGGCCUCCCCCGACCUCCUGCAGCUGGCCCUGGAGCAGAGCCAGCUGACCCAGGUCGGCUACUGUCCGGCCGGGGUGUGGGGACAGGGGGACGGCCCCCGUCACCCAGGUGCCCCGUUGGUGGAGCCGGGAGCCGGGGGCCCCUGGGGGCCGCCGGGCCCAGAGGGGGAGUCGUCCUCGCUGUGGACGGCCCCCGCGACCCCCGCCCGGACAGGAUUACCCUGGAACCUCAGAAAGGCCCUCACCCUCCUGCCUCUCCCCGCAGGUGCCGCCCCCUACGAGGCGCCGGAGUACCCCCGGUCCGCCCCCGCGGAGGACAGCGGGACGUGGGCCGUCCUCCCCCGGCGGCAGCCCCCGCUCGCCGACCCUGCCCCUCUGACCUGCGGCCCGGACCUCGGUGCCCGCGAGCUGGAGGUGACCAUCCUGUACAAGGGGCAGCCGGUCCACUGGGCCACGGUGGUCCAGGGCCACUGCGUGCUGACCUACUGGCAGGGGCCGGCGGGCGGCCACCCCUGCGACCCCCAGCUGGUGCCCUUCCCCAGCCCCUCCGAGCUGCCCGACCUGAAGCAGGUGCGAUACACGCUGAGGCUUCUGGACCACGUGGGCCCCGGCCUCCGGGUCCAGCUGAGGGAUCGGAAGCUGCUGGCCACCCGCUGGGGCAAGUGCAAGGUGUACUGGGAGCUGGCCGGCAGGCUGACCCCCCCGGGACCCCACCCCGACCCCCAGCCCGAGCCCCGCCUGCUGCCCCGCGGCGCCGAGACCCCCAUCUUCGACUUCAACGACUUCCUGGGCGGUAGGCCGUCCGGCUUCAGGUUGAGUGACUUGUCCGAGGUCGCCCAGCAGGCCGGGGCCCAGAGUUCGAGUCGCCCUCGUCACCAGCGGUGUUUAUCGAGCGCUUACCGCGUCCAGAGCACGGGACCGAGGUCCUCGCCGCCGGCGCCCCUUCGACCGGGCCGCGCCGCCCCCCGGUCUCACGGGACCGCCUCCUCCACCCCGCCACCUCUCCCGUCUCCCCCAGAGCUGAAGGAUUUUCACGAGGGCCGGAGAAGCUCGUCCCCGGACUACACCAUCUACCUGGCCUUCGGCCAGACGCUGUCGACCGCCAGGCCCAAGGAGAAGAAUCUCAUCCUGGUGAAGCUGGUGCCCCGGGUGUGCGCCCUGUACGUGGAGAAGGUGCAGCGGGCGGGAGCGUCGUCCCUGAGCAGCGCCAGCCUCAGCCUCCACCUCUCCGCCUCCCUCGACGGCCUCUUGGACAUCGAAAGCCUCCUCAUGGAACUCGACCCCCAGGGCUAGGGCCGGGCCUCCCCGCCUCCCCCCCCGGCCCCGGCUCCGUCCGACGAGACGCUGAAGGCGGCUCCCCGGGGCCCCUCCAGCCGGGGGGGUUCCCCCCGUUGCUCGGAUUUGUACUUUCGAUACCGGAACUUCCUCCCUUUCCCCUCCCCUUAUUUAUGCGCAGGCGUCCCCCGCGCGGAAGAGAAAACCGGGGACACGUUA